AUGUGGGUGGUGGCUAAUGAGCCUGCGGCGGGGGAGGAUGGCGCGAGAGAGUAUUUUCAGCCGCUUGUGAGGUUGACUCGGGAACUGGAUCGGACGCGGCCGGUGUGCUUCACGAAUGAAGUGCGUGCGCCGCCUGAUAAGGACAGGCUUGCGGAUCUUUUCGAUGUGCUGUGUCUGAAUAGGUAUUAUGGGUGGUAUACGUUUACAGGGGAUUUGGUUUCUGCCAAGGACAAGCUGGAAGAUGAGCUACGGGCGUGGCAGGAUCGUUUUGGCAAGCCGAUAAUUAUGAGCGAGUACGGGGUUGAUACGCUGUCUGGGCUCCAUAGUGUCUGUGAUACGGCGUGGAGCGAGGAGGACCAGGUGCGGUAUCUGGAGAUGUAUCAUGGUGUUUUUGAUAGGGUGGAGAGAGUGGUUGGGGAGCAUGUGUGGAGCUUUGCGGACUUUCAGACAGUGUCGACGGCGUGGAGGGUGGAUGGGAAUAAGAAAGGGGUGUUUACGAGGGAGAGGAAACCGAAGGCUGCGGGGAGGUAUUUGAGGGAGAGGUGGACUGAGCAGGGGAAGCCGGCGGCGAGGAAGAAGAGGCUUGGAGAGUCUGAAGUUGCAUUGCCGGAGGAGUCUACUACGAGCUCUGUGGUAAGUGCUGGUAGUGAGUAA